AUGACAAACCCAAUCGCCGAUGUUCCCAACGAAACCCUAAACCCUGAAGAAGAAGCACCACCAACACCACACACUCAUCCUCAAUCCUCUCAACCCCUCCAAAACCCCCAAAUUGAAACCAUUCCCACAAACCCUAAUCCAGAUCACGACACACUCAUGGAGGAUCCAAACCAUCCCCAAAUCGCAGAUGAUCCUGAACCCGACGUUCCAACCCCUGCAACCACCGCUCGCCGUGGAAACAAGCGGAGGAAAAUCGGCCAUUUGCGAACUGCAGCCCAGAAAAAAAAGUUCGAGGAGAAAUGUCAGGCUCUUGUCGAAACCCUAACACCCAUUCCUUUCAAACCUGCUAAAGCUCUCGACUUUGACAGCCACCAGAGCCUUCUGGAGCGUCUUGGGCUCUGGGGUUUUGUCCACAUCGAGUUUGAUUCUGCUAUUCGCACUGAUCUACUCGCUCAGCUUAUUGUUAGCUAUAACCCUUCCGCAAGGUGCAGUUAUGUUAAUGAUGUCAAGAUCAUGGUGAACCGCGCUGAACUUGGUCGUGCUCUCAAGCUUCCGAAGAAGAAUCCGGCUGGUGCUGGCCCUAUCAUUGCUGUUGAUGAAGUUGGCGCUGAGGAUAAAGCUUUCCUUGAUCAAUUGGUGUCAAACUGGAUACUUUUGCAGGAUGAUACAUUAAUCAUGACAAAGGAAGUUGUGCAGCAAACUACAUUUAUCAAGGCUGGGAAUUUCGAAAAGGUUGAUUGGGCUGGACUCAUAUGGAGCAUGUUAGAGAAGGAAUUGAAGGCACCUUAUCCCGCAGAAUGUUACUAUGCCUCACAUUUGCAGCAUUUGAUUAAGUCUCAGCACAAGGAGCUGUUGGAGGAAACUCCGGUGGAGGAGGUGGAGGGUGAAGGAGAAGAGGGUGUGGCAAAGGAUGAGGAGGAAGAGGGUGUGACAAAGAAUGAGGAGGAAGAGGGUGAGGCAAAAGACGAGGAGGAAGAGGUUGGGGUGAUAAGAGAUGAGGUGGAUGGGAGUGGUGAUGUGAGAAUGGGUGGGGUUGAAGAGAGUAAGGUUCGCGAGUUGGAGGAACACAAUAUUGAGUUGAGUUUGAAGCAGGAGGAUAUUGUUGAGACUUUACCGGUGGAAAAAGAGCAGGGUGAAGAGGAACAAAUAAUGGAUUCUGAGCAGUCUAAGGAAGAAGAACAGGAGAUAUGGCUUUUUGAUCAGAAGAACUUUGUGGGGGAGCCCUCUUUGAGGCCAUGUCAUAAUAGCAAUGUAAAGGGUAUGGUGGACUAUAGCCAAGUGAAAGAGGACGUGGAAGAAGAAGGGCAGGAACAAGAGGAGGAAGAAGAGGAUGAAGAUGCUGAAGAAGAUGAACAUGAGGGUGGGUUCCAAUUGUCAGCCAAGUUUCCUAUGGAGGGAAUAACUUCUGGGGCCGGGAGUCCAAUUCAAGGGAUGGAAGCACAUAAUCCUUUUAGUUCUGGGAUUGAUCUCCAUGAUAACUCAGUAGGAGAUUUCCUCUCUGCAAGGGAUGAUCCUCAAAUGAUUACUGGGUCAUCACUUUUUGGUAAUGGACACAAGAGAGAGAUUGAUCUGGAUAAUCAUAACUUCAAUCAUACUCUAAAUGGCAGUAACAAGCGGUUGAGAAAUGAUGGCGCAUGGAGUUCUAAGCCACUUGACUUUGAAGGUUGCAUGGAACAGAUGGAACAUUGGAUGGGGAAAGCUAGGAUGAUGUAUGCAUCGAAAGAUCAGGCUGUUGAAGAAUCUUCAAUGAAUCAACAAGUUUUGCUAGAUGAGUUACAGAGGCGGGAAAGCAUGAUUGAGCAUUUGCAUAAAGCAAAGAUUGAAGAGACUCAGAAAAGACAGAUUGAGGUAUAUCGGCUUGAGAAGGAACUUUAUAUGAUGCAAAGCCUUGUAGAAGGCUACCGAAAAGCCGCAAAAGAAACACAAAAGGCUUUUGCUGAUUAUAGAGCACGUUGUCCACAAGCUGAUGAGCCACUUUACAAAGAUGUUCCUGGGUCUGGCGGCCUUGUUUUGAGUGUGGCGGAACUAGAAAAGGAACGCCUGAAGAAGGAAGAAGAGGAAAGGGUAAGGUUGAGAGAACUUUUUAGAGAUUUCGAAAAGAACUGUAAAGGUAUUGAAGCAGUGUGGAUGGGGGAGAUGGGUGUACUGGAAAAACAUCUAAACAGAGUCGAAUCCCUAGGUAACAAGUUGCAGGCUCUGAACGACAAAGUAAAACAUUUGAAGGAAGUGAGUGCAAAAGUUAAGAUUCCUGUUGAGUGUGCUCCACCAAGUGAAGCAGAAGCUGCUUAG